UCCCAUCUCUUCUCCAAAUUCUGUCUUCAAUUUAUGUUUCACCAUCUUCAUCUUCUGCUUCACCUUCUUCAUAUGCAAGUUUGCAGAGACCGAUGGAUAUGAAUUCAUCAAAUCCAGAUGGUAUAGGUGGUGACGACAAUGAUGUAGUUAAUGUAAUUCUGUGGUCUGGUGGGAGAAUCAGCAAUCGGUCAGGCAAUGAACCUAGCUAGGUACAGCGGUGGUUUGAAUAUGUUCCAAAAGGUGUCAAAAUCCAUGUCUGUCGUUGACUUUACCAAGAUGGUGUAUCAGUUGUUCCGGCUGAACCCCGCCAAGCGUUACAAAAUCUACUCCAAAGUCUUCAUUAGUGUAGGGUCUUUUUGUUUUGUUGACAUUUCAAACUCCUCAACCGUCGCGGAUCUUGUGAACAAAGAACUCCAUCAGCUUACCAACAACUUUUCCUUCUUCACUGAAGAGGUAAUUAGUGAAGACGAUCUUAGUGCAUCUAACUACCAUGCCGGGACAAUUACGAGUCGAUGUUCUUUUAGGGGUUCUAACACUCCCCUUCCCCUGGGGACCCGAUGUAAUGUGACCCCAGUAAUUGCAGAUCGUGUCAUCUGCAAAGGAGGUGGCCCAAGUUCCGGUGGUCAUGUAGUAAUGUCAAAAGGUGGUGGUGGAUUCUGUCAUAAACAAGCUCGGUUGUCCAUUCAAUCCCCAGCGGAAACUUGUGAUGCUCCAGCUAAGUCGGCUGAAUUCCCCCAGGAAGGAAAUGCUCCACUCACUCCAUGUGAACAGACUGACAACAUGGUUCCGCAAAGCGGUGGUUGCAUUCAAUCAAUCGAGAAGACCGACAGUGUGAAUCCAACUUUACACCGGAUUGUUUUUUGGCCAACGGGACGCACUUCAGGUAUACAUAGAUACGUCGAUGGAAAGCCUGGUUUUUUUGGAAUAUCGGGUUGCUGAUUAACGUAUGAAGCUCUAUUUUUUGGGAAUACCUAAAUGUUAGCUUAACUGAUGUCAGUUGUAUAUAUACUAACGUCUACAAAUACAGGAAUGGGGAUUAGAAUACUGGUGUAGGUCGUUAGUCGGCAGUAAAUAUUAGAAAUGUUUUUACUUUCGGUAUGGUAAUUGUUAAAUACGUAGUCGCACUUCAUGUAAUCACACUUCAAUACAAUUUCUGCCUGGGUGGAUGAAUGUUUAAAUGCAAAAAGUUUAUCAUUUGUUAAA